GCUGGAGACAACCUUAACGCACUGCUAAAAGAGCUCGACGACUACGUUGUAUGCUGAUCGAUUCGUCUCCGAUCUCCUCCUUCGACCGCCGCCACCUUCGUCUCCGAGACUCCGACGAUGUCCUCCGCCGCCGAUGAGGAUGCGUUGUCGUCUGACAAGGGGAAGAAGAGGGAGGAGGACGGCACUGACGGGAGGAGCCAACGUCAGGAGGGUGUCGAGGUGGCCGACGGGAAAGUGGAUCUAGGAGACCUGUACGGCGCGGCGGCGGGGUGGGUAGAGGCGCGGACCAGCUGCCCGCACAUCGGCACCAUGCCACCCGCUGGUGCUGACGACCUCGCGCGCGUGCCUUCGCCCGACUCUCCGUGCUCCAGAUGUAAUCACCCUGCUGAAAACUGGUUAUGCUUCAUAUGCAAAGAUGUGCUUUGCAGCCGUUUUAUCAACAAACAUAUGUUGUGCCAUCAUCAAGAAACUGGUCACUGUCUUGCUUUGAGCUUCAGUGAUCUGUCAGUUUGGUGUUUCUCAUGUGAUUCAUACCUAGAUGUUCAAGCCAUUUUAGAAUUGCGCCCAGUGUAUGAAGUUGCACAUUUGUUGAAGUUUGGACAACGUCCACCAUUUCGAUCACUUGAUGUACAGGAUUCUGGCACUGGUGAAAGUGGAAGUGUGUCAAGGGCUUAGUUAUAUGUAUUCCAGUAAUGAGUUUCUUUUCAUGAUACUUCAAUCAGAUUCAGACAGACAGUUGUCUACUAUCCUGGCAUUUCUUAAGCUGCAGUGCAAUAUAAUUCAUUUGAGAAGCCUUGUUUUUU